GCAUGGCAAUGUUAUCUGCAGUGAAAUCUUCCACCGUGAUGUUCCAAGUGUACUGAUCAGGCUAUCCUAUCUUGUUGUUUUCCUAAAUUAUAUUCUGCAGGCUUACAUUUCAAGUGGCCAUUAGGGGCUCGUAUGCUGGCAGCACUAUAUGCAAUGAGUAUGGUUUUAAAAAUGCUGCCUGCCUUGGGCAUGGCUUGUCCACCAAAAUGUCGCUGUGAGAAGCUGCUCUUUUACUGUGACUCUCAGGGGUAUCACUCAGUGCCAAACACCACUGAAAAGGGCUCGCUAGGUUUGUCACUGAGGCACAAUUAUAUUUCUGAACUUGAAAGGGAUCAAUUUGCAAGCUUCAGUCAACUUACUUGGCUUCACUUAGAUCAUAAUCAAAUUGCAACAGUCAGAGAAGAUUCUUUUCAAGGACUGUAUAAACUUAAGGAAUUAGUCUUAAGUUCCAACAAAAUCUUUCAUUUGCCAAACACAACUUUUAGCCAGCUGCUUAACCUGCAGAAUUUGGACCUCUCUUUUAAUCAGUUAUCCUCUCUGCACCCCGAGCUCUUCUACGGCCUUCGCAAGCUACAGACCUUGCACUUGCGAUCCAACUCCCUGCGGACCAUCCCGGUCCGCCUGUUCUGGGACUGUCGUAGCCUGGAGUUCCUGGAUUUGAGCACAAACCGCUUGCGAAGUUUGGCUCGCAAUGGAUUUGCAGGAUUAAUCAAGCUGAGGGAGCUUCACCUCGAGCACAACCAGCUGACAAAGAUUAAUUUUGCUCACUUCCUCCGGCUGAGCAGCCUGCACACGCUCUUCUUGCAGUGGAACAAAAUCAGCAACUUGACAUGUGGGAUGGAGUGGACCUGGGGCACCUUAGAAAAGCUCGAUUUGACUGGAAAUGAAAUCAAAGCCAUCGACCUCUCCGUCUUUGAAACUAUGCCUAACCUGAAAACCCUCCUCAUGGAUAACAACAAGCUCACCACCCUGGAUUCCAAGAUCCUGACUUCCCUGACGUCCCUCACCACCGUGGGCCUCUCCGGCAAUCUGUGGGAAUGCAGCCCCAAGAUCUGUGCUUUGGCCACCUGGCUGAGUGGCUUCCAAGGUCGGUGGGAGCACUCCAUCCUCUGCCACAGCCCCGACCACACCCAGGGAGAGGAUAUUCUGGAUGCAGUCUAUGGUUUUCAGCUUUGCUGGAAUUUAUCAACUGUUGUUACGACCGUGGCUACGACGUACGCAGCUCCGACUACCGAGUACCCCAAAAGAAUAAGCUCUUCUCAUUUCCAUAUGGGAGACAAAGAGAUUCCAACUACAGCAGGCAUGGUCGUUACCACCGAAGAACAUUUCCCUGAGCCAAACAAUGCCAUCUUCACUCAGAGGGUAAUUACAGGAACAAUGGCUUUAUUGUUUUCUUUCUUUUUUAUCAUUUUUAUAGUGUUCAUCUCCAGGAAGUGCUGCCCUCCCACAUUAAGAAGAAUCAGGCAGUGCUCAAUGAUUCAAAACCACAGGCAGCUCCGCUCCCAAACGAGGCUGCAUAUGGCAAAUAUGUCAGACCAAGGACCCUAUAACGAAUACGAACCCACCCACGAAGGACCCUUCAUCAUCAUUAACGGCUAUGGACAGUGCAAGUGUCAGCAGCUGCCGUACAAAGAAUGUGAAGUAUAA